AUGAUUGAUCUAGUGGUAAUAUCAAAAAACCAAACCGAGCUGCAAAACAUGAUGGACAGAAUCGUCAAAAUGGGUAGAAGAUAUGGGACGGAAAUCAGCAUCAGCAAAUUGGAAGUGAUGAGAGUAUCAAAACGAGAUGAUACUCUGAAGAUAACAAAUACCACAAAUAUACUCGUGAAGCCUGAACUAGCUUUCAAAUCGGAAACUAAUUCUAUGACCUUAACUAGACAGUUAUUUGCAGUUUCAAUUAGUGCUAUAUGUUAUCUGCGAAAGAUUUAUUCAAAGGAAUAUUUUCGCCCUCGUAAAAUUGGAAUCUUGUCGAUGCAUAUGUUGCAAAAUGUCAAAUCAGACCCCAAAAUAACGAGAUUUCUUAAGUGGGUUAAAGGAUGCUUUGAUGCAAUGAAAAAAGGAUAUUUGCGAGAUAUCAUUGUGGCUGUACAACCGCCCGGACAAGAAGACAUUGGAAAAGCGUUGGAAAGUUAUACGUUUAGAAUAAAAUAUAGUGACGCUUGCAAUUUUGAAAGUAAUACAACGUUCGCCAAUAGCGG